UUUCACAAAUUUUAAAUGGCAGUUUUGGCACGUUAUCUGUGGUUUUGUUUUUUAUUGUUUACAAUUUAGAUUAUUUUUAUUUUAUGUCAUGUGUUUUAAUGUUUGUGCCUUGGAUAUUUUGAAGAUUUAAAGAACAACUUUCAUGAUUUGUUAUGAGAAAAACUCAAGUGUCUUGGAAGGAAUUAUUUCGAAACAAAGUGGUUUAUAAAUAUAUUGGAAAAUGGACCACCUCAUAGAAGAAGCAUCAUCUAUAAGACGCAUAUUACCAUGGAUAAAGUCUGAACAAGACAUUGUAAAUUACUUGCGAAAGAUACCAUUAGACAAAAAUCACUUGAGAAUCCACUUGACAAUUCUACAUUUUCUGAAGCUACGAGAUAGAGAAGAUGAUGCCGAUUUUGAACGAUUAAUUGAAGAUGAUGCUAGAGAGAUUGUUUCGAUAUUGCCAGGUACGCCAUAUAAAGAUAUAAAGGACCAACUCACUGUGAUGGGAAACAUGCCAAAUCGUCAAGAAGCUGUCAUCAGGCAGCUUCUGCUUCCCAAACAUGAAUUGAAGGUGCUCGUUUCGGAGAUAGAUGUCAAUAAUGUGAGUAAGGAAAAACCAAAGAGUAUUUUUCAGUCAGUAGUUAAGAAGGAUGUACAUAAUGAGACAAAUACAGAUAUCAAGAUUAGAAUUCGUAAAGUAAAAGGGGCUUUGGAAGUGGUGUCCCGUUUCAAACAGGAGAAGGUCCCAGCCAGUUCAAAGUGGGACACACGCCCGAAUUAUGUUGUCGAUAUACCUUCAACUGUAGAAGAAAAUAGUUCAUUAAGUGAUUCAGAUGAUCUACCUCAUUCGUCAACUCAUAAUUCUAGUAUAUCGUCUCCUAAUUUAGUUCAGAAUUUGGGUGUGGAAAAAGUUGCCGCACAAUGUUCUGACUCUACAAAGCCUUCUUCAAUAAACUCUACGAUGAAAGAUAAUAAUCAUGAACCCAUACCUUUUGAUUUGGUAGGCUACUUGAAAGAAGUUACUCAAGCAGCAGACGAAAAAAUUAUUUCCAUUUGUCGGGAAGCACGUGUUCCCCUAAACCAAAGACCCCAUGUUGGGAUUCUAAAUGAUUUGCUCAACAAAGUAUUGACCAACGAAGUUAUUGAACUUGAUUCUAGUCACGAUACAGAUGAAGAGAUGUCUAUAGAUGAAGAUCGGGCGGAAGAUACUAGUUCAGAUGAUAGUGGCGAAAGCUCGGAAUCGGAAGCAGAUAUGAAUCCUGAAACAACAGCCUCCAUCAAUCAAAAUGCCAAAGAAUUAACCCCCACAAUGAAUACCGUUAUCAGACCACCCAGAUUGAAAGUACCUUCAUCAAUAACUUCUACUAGUUCUUCUUGUCAAUCUACGCAAACAUCAACUGGAAAAAAUCCUGUCAUCGAGGAUAAUUUGUUACCCACCACUUCUGGGACCAAUUCUUACAUCCAUCAAAUCAGGGACUUCUACUUUUCAAAAAUGGGUAGACCAAAUCUCCCAACAUAUUCCCAAAGCAUUGACCCUCGAUUCAAAUUGCCUUCCGGUUGUAAGAACUUACAACCUAAAAUUCCAGUUAUCAACGAACCCAAAUUAAGAUUGCCUGGACUCGGUUCAGAACCCAAGAAUCUUCAGGUGCCUAUAUCAAACUCAACAAGCUUGAAUGCUAGAAAUCCUAUGCUAGAUGAAUUCAGGAUGAUUCCUUCCACCAGUUCCCAACCCAGUGUUCCUAUAGAUAUGUUUGAGUCGGUCCCGUCAACCAGUUCUGUUCCUAGAAAUACUAUAAUUACAUUUGGGCCAGCCCCUUCAACCAGUUCUGAUUCCAGAGAGUUGGAGUCCGUUCCUUCAACCAGUUCUGACUCCAGAGAUCAUAAUAGUGGGUUAAAGUCUGUCACUUCAACCAGUUCUGAUUCGAGAGGUCAUAAAAGUGCGUUGGAGUCUGUCCCUUCAACGAGUACUGAUCCCAGAGUUACUAUUAAUACAUUCAGGCCAGACCCUUCAACCAGUUGGAGAGAUCUCGGAUCACACAUCUUGCCCAUUAUCGAUCCACCACAAGCUGGUGGACUCCAUACGAAUCCUUUGAAUCGCCCUUUGAUAAAACCGGCUACUCUCACUCAUGAACCUAAAUCAUCUAGAAUCGAACCAUUAAUGGAAGUAGAAUCGACACGAAAACGAAGCGCAGGAAAAAAUGAAUUGGGGGUUUUGCCUAAUUAUGUCAUGGAUGUUAAUCCCGAAUCUCAUCCACUGGAUUAUUCGAAAUGGCCUCUUAAGGAAGUUGAUCCUGAUGGAUCUAGCACAGUCAAGAAAAGGAAAGUGGUCGAUGAAAAAUUGGUGUUGAGGCUUAUCGAAAUGUUUCCCCAAGCUUGUCCAAAUUUCAUUAGGAGUGUGAGUGAAAACAGGAAAUGGUCAGAAUUUGAUGAUGUUGUAACCGUGAUAUUGUCCACUGAAAAUUAUCCUCUGCGGCAACAAAGAGCUCCUAGUCCUCCAGUGGAAGUAGAUUUAGAAGAACAACUGGAAAUAGUCAAAGCAUUACUACCUGAUGCAGACCCGACUUAUUUAAGAUGCAUGUGUGAAACGAUUGGAAACGAUACUGAACGGUUGAAUGAAUUCAUUUGUACAGCAAGGGAAGCUAAAGAUUACCCUACAAUGAAGGAAUAUUUACGGAAACAGAAAUUGUCAGCCCAGUCAAAGCAGUACACUACAGAUUUCAGCGUUGAAAAUUUCGUUCAGCUCUUCCCGGAACCCGAAAAAACUUUUACAGACCCCAAGCGAACCGUGCAAGUAGAUCACUAUACUAGUCUGUACAUAAUCAAUUUCUUCCAGAAUAAGUACGAUAAACUCCCUUUGAAAGUGAUAAAAAAUAUUAUCAGCGAGAAUGAAAUGAGGAUAAUUGAUAUCGACAGACAUAUGGCUAAAGCCGCACUAGUACAUGUGAUGCGUUCCAAGCGAAAACGCUGUCAUUUGGAUGCUCCCCAGAACAUCAUGGUAUUACAAGAGCUUGCUUAUUUAACCCACAAAAAGGAAAUAGAAGCAUUCCUUAAAGAAAAAGAACAAAAAGAAAAUACCGAGCGUCAAAACGCCAAAGAAAACGGAUUAAUGAACACGUGUCAGUGUUGUUUUGAUGAGGAAGUGAUGCCCAAAGAUACGUUCAACUGUCCCAAGGGAUGCAUGUUUUGCCGGGACUGCAUCCAAAAGAGUUGUGAAGUGACCCUGGGUGAAGGAAAGACGGUUUAUAAAUGUUUGUGUGAUUGUCCAGAAGAAUUUACCCUUCAGACAUUACAGAAUGUAUUACCUCCGAAAAUGUUUUCUAAAUUGGCACAGAAAAAGACUCUGGCAGAAAUUCAAGCAGCAGGCAUUGAAGAACUUGAGAUGUGUCCGUUUUGUGAUUUCGCGAGCAUUCCAGUCGAAAACGAUAAAAUAUUCAGGUGCUUCAAUCCGGAUUGCAUGAAAGAGUCUUGUCGCCUUUGUAAAGAAGAAAAUCAUAUACCGUACAAAUGUGACGAGUUGGAAAAAGAUGAGGAACUGAAAGCUAGACUGUACCUGGAAAACAAAAUGUCUGAAGCCUUAAUCAGAAAGUGUUGGAAAUGUGGAGUGGGCUUCUUCAAAGAAGAAGGGUGUAACAAAAUGACCUGCAGCUGUGGAGCAAAAAUGUGUUACCUUUGCAAAAAACCGGUCACAGAUUACAGCCACUUUAACGGUAUUGGCGGUGAUAAAUUCCACUUAUGCCCAUUGUACAGUGAUACGAAUGAGGUGAACAGGCAAAACGUAGUUGGUGCGAUUGAGGCUGCCAAGGCCGAUAUAGAUCCUUCCAAACUUAAAGUGGAUCCGUCGGCGAAUAUCCAACAACACUUUAAUGAGAGGAAGAAGACUUUACCUAGAGAAGCACAUUUAGAAUUGGUUCAAAAUGUCAACCACUUUCUUCAUAGACACCCACACCGUCGAGGACGGGCUAAUAUUCAGAUGCCACGCCAGCGAAUUAUGCCGCCCGAGGAAGCAAGACAUAAUGCAUUUCAAAUUGUGCAAGACGUUCCUUUGCCAGAACGCCCCCGAAAUCCACCGCCCCAGGAUCCAAGACCAAUGGCAGUUCAAAUUGUACAGCAGUUUCUUAUGCCACGAGGCCCCCGUCAGGUACCUCGACAAGGAGCAGCACGAGGAAUGGAUAUUGAUCAAGUACUGCAUCAUAGGUUCAACAGGAAUCACGAACUUGGUAGAAGGCUUAUUGAAGCACUAGCAAUGGCUGAUGUUGACCGUGAGAUGAGACCUAGAGGUGAACGAGAGGUAAACCACUAAGCAAAGAUGGAUAAUGCUGUUCAUCGAUCUCUUGACUUCUAUACUGCGAACAACUCAACCAUAACUUACUGAAAAAAAACUGCUGAAUGAACUUGUUAAGGAGGGCAAUCAAAAACUAGCAAGAAAAAUGAAGCUCCAAGAUCCUAGGAGAAUUUUAUAUUGAGUUCGUUCAAAAACGUUUAUAUUUAAGUUUUCAGUGCAAUUGGCAGAGAAUAAAUAUGUACAAAACUAUCAAAAAUGAACUAUAAUUAUAUAUUUUAUGAAUAA